AUGGCCGACAUCAAGGUUACCGACCAGCAGGUCGCGGACCUGGCGACCAUCCUUCGCGGCGACGGCAGCCUCGACGGCAAGGUCCAGUUUGUCACCGCCAUCAAGUCCGGCAUCAAGCAGCACAAUGUCCCCGAGACCUCGGUGGCCCAGCUAUUCGAUGCACUGCGAGCCGCCGCCACGUCGCAACAUGCCGCCCUCGUCAACGCCGGCUUCACAGCCCUGAACCACCUCCUGACCCGCCUGUCGCGACAGGACCCCAAGAUGCUUAGCAAGGAGGCCGUCCGCACGCUGCCCGUCGUCAUCGAGAAGCUCGGCGACAACAAAGACAAGUUCCGCUCGCUGGCCACGCACUCCCUCGUCACCCUCUAUGCUGUUGCGCCCGUCGAUGUCGAGCGAUUCAUCCGCACUUCGGCUAUGGGAGGAAAGAACCCCAGGGCCAAGGAGUCUGCAAUGGCUUGGCUCUUGCAGAUGCACCAGGAGCAAGGGUUGCCGUUCCGUGGCUAUGUUCCCGUACUCAUGGAGCUCCUUGAAGACGCCGAUGGCAUGGUGCGCGAUGCUGCUAAAGGCACCGUCAUCGAGCUCUUUAGGAGCGCACCCAAUGCAGCCAAGUCCGACCUCAAGAGACAGCUCAAGAACUUCAAGGUUCGCCCUGCCAUCGAAUCGGCAAUUGUAAAAGAGCUCGCUCCCACAUCUGGCCGCCCCGAGACCCCAGCCGAAGCCCCAGCGCCGCCGCCACCCCGUCCAACCCUUUCCGCGAGCGUAUCUUCCGUAUCGCACGAGCGUCCGAUAACCCCCGGCGUCGAUACCAAACCCGAGACCCUUGACCCUCUCUUUGUUAACACGAAUCGCGAACUCGACGACAUCUUUAAGGAAAUGGCGUGGUUCUUCGAGGGCAGAGAGUCGGAGCAGAACUGGCUCAAGCGAGAGGAGUCCAUGGGCAAGCUUCGACGCCUCAAUGUUGGCAAUGCCCCAACCGACUUUGCAGACACUUUCCUCGCUGGACUCCGAGGUAUGCUGGACGGCAUCAUUAAGUCCGUCACCUCUCUACGAACCAGUUUGUCAAAGGAAGGCUGCUGCCUCGUUCAGGAUAUCGCAGCGACCUUUGGCCCCGCCCUUGACCCUAUGGUUGAGCUUCUGAUGCAGACAUUUAUUAAACUGUCUGCCGGCACCAAAAAGAUCAGCUCACAACUUGCCAAUGCCACGGUUGACAUUAUUCUGAGCAGGGUCUCAUACACCCCUCGGUUGAUGCAGCAUAUCUGGAUUGCCUGCCAGGACAAGAACGUUGCGCCGAGGACAUAUUCUACUGGCUGGUUGAUGACUAUUCUCAAAAAGGAGGCCCAGCACAAGAACCAUGUUGAGCACACGGGCGGUGUCGAUUUGAUGGAGAAGUGUAUCAAGAAGGGCCUGAGUGAUGCCAACCCGGCCGUGAGAGAAAAGAUGAGAUCAACCUACUGGGCAUUUUGGGGAGUUUGGCCCGCACGGGCAGAUGUUAUCAUGGAAGACCUCGAUGGGACGGCCCAAAAGCUACUCAAAAAGGACCCCAAUAACCCGAACUCCCCUAAGAAGGGAGAAGCUGCCCCGGUGGCCGCUCGCCCAGGUCUUGGACUGUCGAAGAGCACCAUGGGCACUAGCAAACCCAGCAUAAGGGAGGCGAUGCUCGCGCAAAGGAAGGCGAACCUGGCGGCAAAGAAUAUGCCUGCUCGACCCGGAUCUGCCAUGUCCCAUUUCUCUCCUGUGAAAACGACCUCCAACACCACCACAUCAAGCAAGCCCUCGGGAACCCGCACCCGCCCGGAACCGACGGUCUCCGUGAACGCUGCGGGUAUGUCUGGGGCCCCCAUGCGGCCGACAAGGAAACGGCCGGAUAUCCCAGCUCGCCCAGCGACAGCUGGUCCCUACUCUGUGCGAGGAGGCCACUCGUCGACUGAAGCAGGCAGCCCGGAGAGCAUCAGAUCCAAGACUGUGACGCCGAAGCCUAAAGACACGACGCCUAGGAGGACGGGUCCCCGAACGCGACCCGGCCAUGCGUCUCAUGCCAGCGAGUCUAGCUUGCCUUCGCCCACUGUUGCUCGAUCGGGCACUAAGCCUGCCGCAUCGCCCCGUGUGAGCCCUGCCAAGUUGAAGCAAUCUCGAUCUGCCAUGCUGCCCUCCAGCAGCCCCUCAAAGGCUAACGAGGAUUUCACCCUUGUAGUCCCAAAUGUGGCCAGCCUGAAGAUCUCGCCGCCCCCAGAGGAUGAGCCACCCGCGAGAGAGCCGGUGCCUGAGACUGCCCCUGAGCCUACUCUUGAGCCCGCCGCUGAGAUUAUCCCCGAGACCCCCGCUGAGUCUGUCCCUCAGCCUGUGCCGACGCCUGGAACUCCCGCAUCUAGCGUGAAAGUGUAUGAAGACCCUUUCACCGAUGACCAGGCGACUCCCAAGCCCACUUUCAACAUUCCUGUGCUAGAGGAUAGACCAGUCAACGCUGACGCGGCCACCCUGCUCAACGCAAAUGGGCAGGCUUCCAUGAACGAAGCUUUAUUAGACUCGCCCGAGAAGGCUCGGCAAAGCCUGAGGCUACUAGACAGCGGCAUCGCGAGGAUUAAGUCCCGAACUCUCGAUGUCCAUGGCUUCCGGAAACUGCAGUCCCUGUUGCGUGAGAGCAAGGGUGUCUUCACGGAUGAGAAGUUCGAGGCCCUCCUGAUUGGCCUGUUCCAGUAUCUUGAGGACCCCUUGCCUAGUCUCGCGCCAGAGAAGGCCCAGGAUGUCAAAGCUCAGAUCCUGGCCACCAUCAAGCUCCUUCUCCGCAAGGAGCGAGACAACUUCCAGCCCCAUGUGUCCAAGGGCCUUGAAUCCCUCCUUGAGACGCGCGCUGCGUACGAUACUCGGGCUCAUAUCGUCAGUGGCCUCGAGGUCCUGGCAGAUGAGCUUGUCACCAUUGGCGACGGCUCUGAGAUCGUCGUCGUCCUGACCAAGCGUCUCGAGGGCUGCGAUGAUUCUGCCGCUGAAGACAGCCGCAUCCUUAGCACUGGCCUGCACGUCCUGCGCGCCAUGCUCGAUAAGCGAACGAAUUUUACGCCUACCGACUCGGAGCUUGGCCGGCUUGCCUCCCUGGCAAGUCGGUGCCUGAACUCGGCUGACUCGGGCGUUCGCAUGGAUGCUGUCCAGCUCUGCGUCGCCCUCCACGCCCGCGUCGGUGACGGGCCUUUUUGGGAUUCCCUGAAGGGCGUCAAGGACGACCCUAAGAGCCUAAUCACGUACUACAUCGUCAAGCGGCAGCGCGAGCAGGGCUCCGCAGUCCCCGCCUGA